AAAGUAACAGUCUAGUCUAUGUCCUCCCUCUGUCUUUGAUAUAGGAAUACGUAUGGACUGUGGACACCUGUGCGUGCGGCAAGCACCAACUGUCUGUAUACGUGAGAGUGCAUGCGUGGGUGUCGCAGCAGGCGUUUCUUUAUGAAUAGAGUAAUGGUGCUCCCGCCUUGAGUGGUUCGCGAAUCAGCGAGUGUGGAUUUUUCAGUGAAAAGUUGUGCCGGAAUUAAGUAAAAGAAUUUAGUGCUAUUAAAUGCAGCCUCGGCAGCGUACCUAUCGUUCUUCGGAAUUGACUGUGCAACUUGCUUGGUACACGUCAAACGUUCAGUACAAGGGAAAGGGAUAACAAAAACAUCUGUAUUCGAAGUAUAUAGAUAGAGAAGGUACACAGAAUCCACCAUAGAAAUGAUAGACAAUCGCAUCUCGAUAAUCGUAGAAAUCACGAUAGAGGGAUCUUUACCACCGGAAGCGUCAUGCUACGUCGUCUAACCGCCGAAGAUUCGCAAAAAUCUCUCCCGCGAGGUAUCGCUUUUAUUCUUCUUUCAAAACCGACAGCUAAAUACGCGAGAGAUCGUGCAUCAGCCAGUUAGUCUGGCCGUUCAUCCUUCUGCCUGGUCGUCUACCCCUUCUGAACCGUCCUGACACAACGUUUAACGGGGGUAUAAAAAGAAUAAACAUGGUGGCGGCGUGAGAGAGAUAGAUAAGGAGAAUCGCGAGAAAGGAGAAGGACGGAGAAAGAGGAAGGGUGGGAGAGAGAGAGAGAAAGAAAGAGAAGUCAGCCAGCUAGCUAGCCAGCCAGCCAGUCAGUGUGCCAGAAGCGACGAACUUCGUUUCGUGCUUGCCUUUGUUUCGAUGAAAAAUAAUCUGUCGUUCCUGAACAUCCACCCAACUUUUGCAUUUAUUCAUUUAUUAUCGUCUUAACGAACGAGAACAAAGAGACGAAAGUAACAAGUUUCUCACGAUUAACGCUGAGAGAGGACGUUUCGCUUGUAAACAGUUAUCAAGGUGCGGCCACGUUCAUCGCAUUCGCGGUGUUUGCUUCGAUUUUCAUGCGUGCACGGGGUCCACGACCGAGCGUGUGAGAAAUUCAGCAUAUUGUCUGGCAACGCGGUGCGGCUCGAUUUCGAUUUUGCAGUGUCGUCGUAGGUGUGAUAAUAUGAUAUGUUGCAAUCGAAAAAAUUCGGCACGAUUUGACGACGACGAACGUUCGCCGGGUUGCUAUCGCGAGCAAUCUUCGUUCGAAUUGAUAUAAUGUGAACGAUUUAGCUACGAACCACGGGGAAUGUCGACGCAUGUAAAUAGAACACGUUCGUCCGUGAUUAUACGAAUAAUUAACUGCCCGACUCUCGAAGACUCGAGAAGCUGUACUUUUCUAAUAAAAAUCCGUCAAUAAAAUUCUGCUGCUAAAAAAGAUAUUCAUCGUGUACGACGUUCAUGACCAUCGAAUGACUUUCCAUCGAUUAUCAACGAUCAUUCGACGAGGACGAUUUACUUUUAGAAUCCUCUUAGCGACAAAUCGUUCGAAUCGAAUCGUAUAUGGCUGUUCUGAUUAACGGUUAUUACGCUUCAAGAAAGGUGAAUCUCGUCGAGAGUGAACAUCCAUUGUACGAAAAACGACGAUGUCGUUACUUUGACAGAGCUUGACGUACAUUCUAUUCGAAAGUUUGUCGGUUGAAGGAACUGGAAAAAAAAGGAGAAAGAGGAAAAGGGAAAAAGAAAAUAUUCAAUGGAACGAAGUCGUUCGUGUUGGCCGGCCUGGUGCCAAUAACCUCCAGUCAGAGAGGUGGUAGACAGUUUUCGCACGAUGCGUUUGCCCUCGUGCUUGAUAGAUUAUAAAAUUAGACGUUCGAAACUUCGUACGAAGGUAAAAGGAGCAUCGCGUCGUUCCAAUGCGGUAAAGAAGGUGGAGACACUGGCUGGUGAUAACGAGCGAAGGGUCAAGCGACGAAGGGAAUUAAUACAAGUCGGAUGAAUAAUUCUGAGGGGGGUAGACAGCUGUGCAUGGUAGUCAGAAGUGACGUCAGUCGUGUUGGGUUCAUAGUUCCUCUUAUUUUCAUCGUUCGAAGCCGCGUACAGAGGCCGCGCACGAAGGGGUGACAACGAAAGCGGCGAACACGCGAAAUAAAGAAAGAAAGAAAGAAAGAAAGAAAGAAAGAAAGAAUAUAGCCGUCGACGACCACGUCGAGCUUUUUUAACGAUCGACGAUCGUCGCUCGCGCUCGCUGCAACAAGAAGAAUCAUCACAAUUUCUAGUCCGCUGCAUUUACAUCGAGAAGUCUUUUUUUUUCUUCUUUCCUUUCUCGACGAAAUAUUUUUAGACGAUCGAUUGUAUUUGAAGCCGCACGUGCGACCGUUUCAUCGGCAUCAGGCAUCGAAUCUUAUUCGACACGCUCUUCUAAAGAAUUAAUGCGCAUUUAUCGAGCACGCAACGCAGUUUGUUCGUAAUAUGCUUCGUAAAGUCUUAGGAGAGUUAAUUAAUAAUUUCAAGGUUCACUAAAUAGUCGUCGAGGAGACAAAGUAUAGAAAGAAAAGGAGUAGCAUUUCGCACGUUUCAUUUCAGCAGACACCGAGAACGAGACUGAGAUUCAAAGCGCAUUAAAUCCUUUUAAGUCGAUUAAUUUAUUCGAGGCGAACUAACUUACGCGAAAAGCUAGUUAACGAGAUCGGCAGAUUGACUAGAUUUACUCCUAUAUUAUACAUAUAUAUUGUAUAGAAAUAUAAAAUAAACCGUCGUAGAUCUGCGAACUCUGGAAAACGGGAAGGAAGAUCGAAGUAAGGUGAGCAAUAACAAUCGCGUUUAACUAGCGUAUUAAUCUCAACGAACCAAUAUGUUUUUUAUCCAAACGACAAUACACGGUGACACGUCAGAAGAAAUAAUAAUAGCCGAAAUCACGAGAGAAAGAAGACCUUAGAGAAAGAAGACACCUUAUCGAUCCGUAUCGGGGUACGAGUAAUCAUCCAAUGAUUGCUUGUUUCAUUUCCUUCGAUAAACGACCCGUUGGUCUGCCCGGGACGAAACACACGCUCCAACAUCAUCGUCAAAUGGACACAAAUGACUAGCUUAACGUUAUCUUCGAGCACGUUCGAGAUGCCCCGGUCUAGACCAAAACUGUUCGUACCCGCGAACGCGAUCUCAACGCAGACUUUCACCGCUCCGACCAGCGAAAGCAAUCAUCUACCACCCCUGAAGAGUAACACGUUAGCUUUGAAGCAGUCUGCCAGUGAAUCGUCGCCUAGUUACUUGACCCGCACCAGUCACAUGGCUGGUACUCAUCUGCCGAGCUUAAGUUCCAGCGCUAACAACAGCCUGCUCAGCCUGACCGGGAACUCGGAAAGUUUAAACUUGAGCCUGAGCUCGCACACAAGCCACAACUCGAGCCACAAUUCGAGUCACAAUUCGAGUCAUAAUUCGAGUCACAAUAAUUCCAGUCAUAACUUCACUCAUAAUUCCAGUCAUAAUUUCAGUCAUACCACCACCACCACCACCACCACAGCUCACGAGUCUCAGCAUACGCAGUCAAACAGUCAAUCGAGCACCGCGUUGGUGGUGAAGAAUGGAUGUUCGAACGGAAGUUCCUGCGGCAGUGGUAUACGUAAGCCGAAGACGAUUACCGCCACGCCCGAUGUCGUGCUGAAGAUUUACGUGGAUAAGCUGACGCCUUACGAGCACCACGAGAUCUUUAAUUAUCGGCAUAUAUACUUUAUCGGGGCGAACGCGAAGAAGAGGCCGGGGAUAAUCGGUCGGCCUCACAACAACGGCUACGACAACGAACAUGGUUCCUAUAUCCACGUGACUCACGAUCACGUGGCCUACAGGUACGAGGUGCUGAAGGUGAUCGGUAAAGGGUCGUUCGGUCAGGUUGUGAAAGCGUACGAUCACAAGAAACAGGAGCACGUUGCCCUGAAGAUGGUGAGGAACGAGAAAAGGUUCCAUCGUCAGGCACAGGAAGAAGUGAAGAUAUUGAGGAAGCUACGCGAACAAGAUAAGGACGACACGAUGAAUAUCAUUCACAUGUUCGAUUCGUUUACGUUCCGUAACCACAUGUGCAUCACCUUCGAAUUGCUCAGUAUUAACCUGUACGAGCUGAUCAAGAAGAACAAGUUCCUGGGCUUCAGUAUGCAGCUCGUGAAGAAGUUCGCGCACUCGCUGCUACAGUGCCUCGACGCUCUUUACAAGAACAGGAUCAUUCAUUGCGACAUGAAGCCGGAGAAUGUUCUUUUGAAACAGCAGGGACGCAGUGGUAUCAAGGUGAUAGACUUUGGUUCGAGCUGCUACGAGAACCAACGCGUCUACACGUACAUUCAAAGUCGCUUCUAUCGCGCUCCGGAGGUGAUCCUUGGCGCUAAGUACGGUAUGCCGAUCGACAUGUGGAGCCUCGGUUGUAUCCUGGUGGAGCUGGUUACCGGUUUCCCAUUGCUACCAGGCGAAGACGAGGCGGACCAACUAGCCUGUAUCAUCGAGUUGCUAGGCAUGCCACCGCCUCAGCUGUUAGAAUCGGCGAAACGGCGCAGGCAGUUCAUCAGCUCGAAGGGUUAUCCGCGCUAUUGCACCGUUAUAACGAUGUCCGACGGAUCGAUCGUAUUGAACGGCGGUUUCUCCAGGAAAGGCAAAGACCGUGGCCCACCGGGUUCCAGGAAUCUGAGACAGGUGUUGAAAAAUUGCGAUGACCCGUAUUUCCUGGAUUUCAUUCAUCGUUGUCUCAAAUGGGACCCGGAACAACGGCUGACACCUGGCAAAGCGUUGAAACACACAUGGCUGCGUCGCAGGUUACCAGAGCUUCCAGAGAAAACGAACGACGCUCUGCCAGCGUUGCCGGCAGCCUCUGCGCCGCCUACCUCCGCUUCCGGCCUUCGUACUUCCGCGUCCGGUAGGAAGAGCUCGACCAAGUCGAACACCCUGCAGACCAACAAUACGGAGAACACGAACAAGGUGAAACAGUUCAACGACAUCUUCCACACAAUGUCUACCAUUUAUUCGGCGCUGCAACGUAACGACGGUACAAGAGCAAGAGGAAAGGGUCAUCCGGUGGCAACGAAUCAUCAAGCGGCAACCGUCAGCAGUCAUCCAUCUUUGAACUCUAUUAGUGGUGAUGCUAGUAGUAGCGGCGGUGGUGGUGGUGGUGGUGAUGGUAGCAGCAGUAGCACUAGUGGUGGUCAACAACAACAGCCUCAGCCGCAGCAACAGCAGCAGGCACAGCCGCAGCAGCAGCAGCAACAACAACAGCAGCAGCAUAGUCACCAAUUGCAAGGAAAACAACAGCACAACAAUGGUUCGCACGGCUCGCACGGAUCUCACGGUUCUCAAGGAUCCCAUGGUUCUCAUGGAUCGCACGGAUCCAACGGAUGGAGCAUAUCGUUCCUCGAGUGGCUGGAAACGGUGGACAAUGAUUAGCAAGGACAUUCUCGAGGAACCGAGACGAUUCGUAAGAAAUACGAGGUCAGCCUUACUACCUUUUUCUAACACGUUUACCGUGUGAUCGAUACCGUGAUCGUUGGCCUCGUGUCUCGUUGGCUCGUCGGAUAAUCGUCUGUCUCGACGGUCGUCUUUCGACGCGUUGUCACAACUCGUCGUCGAACGAUACCGGGAUGUACUAAUGGUGUUCCUGCCUGUGGUAAUAUAUUCGCUCGACGAGACAAGAUUCCUCGGAGUCAAAGGAGAGAGAGAAAGAGAGAGAAACAGAGAAAGUGGCCUCGUCUUCGACCUCCGGAUACUACUGUGAUCUACGCGAUAUGUUACUGCAAAAAAAAGAAAAAAAAA